AGAGACGCAUACUCCAUUUACAUAAACUCUUCGUCAUCAAUUCUCAAGUCGGCGCUGUCAUACUUUUUUCUCUCGGAGAAACCCUAAAGAGGCAACCAUGGGUAUUUCUCGUGACUCCAUCCACAAGAGGCGUGCCACUGGAGGCAAGCAGAAGCAAUGGAGGAAGAAGCGAAAGUAUGAGAUGGGAAGGCAACCUGCCAACACCAAGUUGUCUAGCAACAAGACGGUCAGAAGAAUCAGGGUUCGUGGAGGUAAUGUCAAGUGGCGUGCGUUGAGGCUUGAUACUGGUAACUACUCAUGGGGAAGUGAAGCAGUAACUCGUAAGACCAGAGUCCUUGAUGUGGUCUACAAUGCAUCCAACAACGAGUUGGUCCGUACAAAGACACUUGUCAAGAGUGCUAUUGUACAGGUUGAUGCUGCUCCCUUCAAGCAGUGGUAUCUCCAGCACUAUGGUGUUGAAGUUGGUCGCAAGAAGAAGAAUGCUAGUUCUGCUACCAAGAAGGAAGGAGAGGACGGUGAAGAUGCUUCAGCCCCAGCUGCUGCACCUGAGGAGACCAAGAAGAGCAACCAUGUCUUGAGAAAGAUUGAGCAGCGUCAAGAGGGUCGUAGUCUUGAUUCCCACAUUGAGGACCAAUUUGCAAGUGGUCGUUUGUUGGCUUGUAUCUCUUCAAGGCCAGGCCAGUGUGGGCGUGCUGAUGGAUACAUUCUGGAAGGUAAAGAGUUAGAGUUCUACCAGAAAAAGAUCCAGAAGAAGAAGGGAAAGGGUGCUGCUUAGAAUUUGUUCUUCUUUGCUUGAAGCCUUUUGAUUUCUUCAAACAUGUUUUGAGUAUUUAUGAGAACCGAUGUUUUUGGAUUAGCGUACUAAUGGUGUUUCAUAAACUCUCGUCAGUUAUUAUGGUACAAUGGUUUUGAGUUAUCUAUUUUCAUGGUAAAGUGGACAUGAAUAGGUAAUUGAUGUACAAGGGAUGUUUCGAAGACAGAACAGGAAUGGCAUACGCAUCUCUGCAUUGUUCUA